CUCCGAUCCCUAAACACCAGCAAUAAGGCACACUGGCAGUUCAUUGGCCAACCUAUAUUGUACAAAUACCCAUCACAUCUAUCCAUCCACCCCACAUAUAAAACAAUGCCGGAUUACCAAUUGAUGGAAAGUGGGGAAAGCACCCGACAUUGAAAAAGGGUUGCUCGUACGGACAUUGUGCUCUAUCUGCACCAGACUUGAAGAUUGUGAUAAUUAUACGAAAUGUUUUGGAGUCGCAAUUGCGUCGCUGUUGCGGCCUGUAUGGCAGUUUGUGUCGUCGCGCAGAACACAUCGCUUCCUGGAGGGCCGACGUUCAACGACUUUCUACGGUUCUCGUGUUCGGAGCUGAACAUUCAACGUAUAGACCCACUCGUCACACCCGGAUUGACUCCAUCGCCUCACCUGCAUCAAUUCGUGGGAGGAAAUGCGCUAUCAGCGAAGAUGGAUCCAUCGGUAGACAUCGCGGAACAAGCCACCUGUACGACUUGUACCUUCAGCGAAGACUUUUCGAAUUACUGGACUGCGGUUCUGUUCUUCCGUCAUCGAAACGGGUCGUAUCAUCGCGUGCCCUUGAUGGCCAAUCUUGGGCUCGAAAAGCAGCGGGGAGGCAUGACAGUGUAUUACACGGCGCCGUACGACAAGAAAACGAAAGUAACUGCGUUCAAGCCGGGUUUUCGAAUGCUUAUCGGCGAUCCAUCCUAUCGCGCACCCAGUCCCAAUACAAAGGAGUUUAGAAGUAUAGCAUUUCGCUGCUUCACCGAACCCUGGGGUCCUGCACCUGCAAAUUCGGAAAUUGGUGGGGAAUGGGAUACGCGCAACUUCCCUAACAAACCGUGCCCGUAUGGUUUGAGGGUUAACAAUUUCUUCCCAACGUGCUGGGAUGGAGUCAAUGUUGAUAGCCCCGAUCAUAAGAGUCACGUUGCGUAUCCGUCGAAAGGGACUUUUGAGACGGAUGGGGAGUGUCCAGAUACUCAUCCCGUGAGGCUGCCUCAGGUCCUAUACGAAACGAUCUGGAACACAUCUGCCUUCAAUGAUCAAUCCAUGUGGCCUGUGGAUGGUAGCCAGCCCUUUGUGUUCAGCAUGGAUGAUUCCACUGGAUACGGUUGGCAUGGGGACUAUCUGUUUGGGUGGAAAGGUGAUUCGUUGCAGAGAGCAAUGGAUCAAUAUUGCGGCGUCAAUUGUCCGGUGUUGAAGACGCAGAGUGUGGAGAAGGCAAAUGAAUGUGCGAAAGCUCCAAUUGUCAACGAAAAGAUCAAUGGAUGGCUAGAUGCUCUACCGGGAGGGGAGAGCAAAGCGCAUAGGUAGUUAUGACUUUGAUUGCUAGAUAAUGCUGAUUAUAAUGUUGUAAGAGGUUCUCCAGGCGCAUCAUGGAGCAGAGCAGUACUCCAUGGUUUUCAGUUGUAAAACUGGCCGAGGCCCGUUUGCUAGUUCGACUAUCAUAGCAUCGGACCGCGACAAGCCAUUUGCUGGACUAGUCCGAGAUAGAACAAAGACCCGAAAGGGAUAGCCGAAGAAGAUAGCUAGAAAACUACCAAGUAUGUUUACACAGUGCUGUGUACAGUCAUCCGGCUAAACUGCCGACGACGUGAGAUGAGAUGGCGCGUGGGCAUGUUCGAGAGAUGGAGGGAAACAUGGGGUGGCAUUCGAGCGGAUAAGAGUUCAUCUUUUGGGAGGAUCAGAUAUGCGGCAGUUUGUCAGUAAUCCCACGGGAUUAAUGAUCAGUAAGGAGUUGGUGUUUGAGGAUCAUUGGCUCGGAGGUGCCUAGGUUAGAG